AUGGAGUUUGGCCAAAAGGGUGUAUUGAAUGAAGAUGGCAUCCAUGUCGACAUGGACCGCCUCAAGAAAGGAGAGGUGAACUUGGGAACGUCGAUCAUGGCUGUCACUUUCAAAGAUGGUGUUAUCCUGGGCGCCGAUUCUCGAACCACAACCGGAGCCUACAUCGCAAACCGAGUCACCGACAAACUGACCAGAGUACACGAUACCAUCUGGUGUUGUCGAUCUGGCUCAGCAGCCGACACACAGGCCGUCGCCGACAUUGUACAGUACCAGCUUGGUUUGUUUGCCAUGCAUAGCGGCAAGCCCCCCAUGACACAAACAGCGGCAUCCAUCUUCCAAGAGAUUUGCUACGCCAACAAGGACCGUUUAUCGGCCGGCUUGAUUAUUGCCGGUUGGGACGAGCGAUUCGGCGGCCAGGUCUACUCGAUUCCGCUGGGCGGUUCGCUGCACAAGCAAGCAUAUGCAAUUGGUGGCUCUGGUUCCACAUACAUCUACGGUUACUGCGACGCCAAUUGGAAGGAGGGCAUGGAGAAGGAGGAUGCUGUGAAUUUCGUCAAGGGAGCGUUGAGAGAGGCCAUCAAGUGGGAUGGCAGCUCGGGUGGUGUCAUUCGCAUGGUGGUGUUGACUAAGGAGGGAGCUGACCGACACUUGUACCUACCCGAUACUGAUUACAAGGUUCGACAUGAUUAG